GGAAGUGAACAGGUGACCAAGAAACAUUUCCACAUUAACGUUAAUAUUGUUGUUAUUUAGACGUUUAUUAACUCACUGGAACUUUACAAUAUGAGCCAUUUAACUGCACAGCAUUAUCUCGUGUAGUCUUUAAUUCGCAUUGGAGACAGGACUUGAUAAAUGUUAUCUAGGUAACGCUAGCUAGCUGCAAAAGUUAGCAAACAAUGGCUAACUGUAUGGUUUUUCACACUCAAAUAGCCUCCAUCAUGGAGGUGCUAGCGAAUGCAGCUGUGGCAGAGAUCUGUAAACUCGUAGACGACGACUAUGCAGUGUUUCGGGUGCAAAUUUCUCAAAGCCAAAAAGAAAACAGGGGAUUACGGAGGAAACUUCAACUACUGGAACUGAAGGUGGCACGGGAGCGCGCAGAGAGGACAAUUCGAGAGCGCGUCCUCGCCAGUCGUCCCAGUAGUGUCAAGAUCCUCGACAGAUAUAGAGGAAUGGCAAGAGGUGAAGCACAUCUCACUGCAGGCCACAGGAGCUUUGUGAAGCCAGCAGGACAGAACGCUUGGAGAGAUGACCAACCCAUAUCUAUAGAUGAGGGGAGUGGAAUCUCAACCCAGCAUGUUAUCGUAAUAGAGUCUGCAGAUGCAGAGGCUGCAGGUCCUGGAGGAUUGUCUCUGGUCAAGCAGGAGAUGACUGAAGGAGAUGACCCACGACACAGCAGAGACAUCCAGACUGGUGCAGUGGCUGGAGUGGCACCCCUUUUAGCCACGGAGGACCCCGCCACCCCGCCCCAGCCCAGGAGCCAACGCAGCAUCACGGAGGAGGAGGACGGUCUAGAGGUGCUGCUGGUGAAGGAGGAGGGUCUGGGGAACCCUGAGGGGACCAUGGUCAUGGAGGACAACCAGACUACACCUGCUCCUGAACCCACAGAGGAACCAGCUGAGCAGCACAGGACCACAUACAGUCUCACUGAGAAUGAUAACAGGGCAUUGCGGAGGAAACUACAGCUACUGGAACUGAAGAUGGCACGUGAGCGCGCAGAGAGGACAAUGCGAGAUCGCGUCCUCGCCAGUCGUCCCAGUAGUGUCAAGAUCCUUGACCGAUACAGAGGAAUGGCAAGAGGUGAAGGAAAUCUCAAUGGGGGCCACAAGAGCUUUGUGAAACCAGCGGGACAUAAUACAUGGAGUGAUGACCAACCAAUCACUGUUGAUGAGGGGAGUGGAACCUCAACCCAGCAUGUUAUCGUCAUAGAGGAUGCAGAGGCCGUAGGUCCUGGGGUCAAACUGGAGAGGUCUGAAGGAGAGGAGGACACACGGCACAGCAGUGACAUCCAGACUGGACAGGCUGGAGUGCCCCCUGAAGCCACGGACGACCAUACCGCCGCCUCAGCGCAGCCCAGGACCCGAAGCAGCAUCACGGAGGAGGAGGAGGAGGUGCUACUGGUGAAGGAGGAGGGGUGUGAGGAGGGUCUGGGGAACCCUAAGGGGACCAUGGUCAUGGAGGACAACCAGACUACACCUCCUCCUGAACCCACAGAGGAACCAGCUGAGCAGCACAGGACCACACACAGUCUCGCUGAGUCAGUAGACAUGGAGGAAGGGAAGCCUGAUCUGCUGCUAGUCAAAGAGGAGACAAUAGAAGAUGGACCAGAGAGCAUUGAUCUGCUGAGUGGACUAAAGAUGGGGGAGCAAGGUUGUUGGCUGGAGGCUAACAGAGGAGACUGGGCGGCCAUAUUGGAUUCCCAGACCCAGAUGGGUGCAGCCAAGGCCUCGGGGGACGACACCAGAGGCAACAUAUUGGAGUGUGCAGUCCAUGAGGACCUGCUGAAAUCUGGUGUUGCUGGCGGGAGAGACUGGACCUCUGAAGCAGCUGGUCACAAACCCUGGCCCCGGAUCAGAACCCUGGAUCAGGAGCCGUCACUCUUCCUACCCGAGUCAGAACCAGAACCAAACCACGAGGGACAGAGACUCCAGCACCACGCAGAACACAACCAGUGGACAGGUGGACUGAACAACCUCAGUCCUGGUGGUCAUCAGAGAGACAGAGGCUCCAGUCAGGGAUCCAGUCCACAGCCCAGACCCUUCUCUUCACAGUCUCAGUGCAGGGAUGGAGCAGGACCUGGGCAUGAUAGAGAUAGACCCUCCUGUUCCUAUGAUACAAACACCACAGUAUCCAUGAUGAACAGAGCAGGUCACCCUGCACUUCAGCCUUCACAGAGAGUGGUGGGAGACUCUCAUGGUGGUAGUCUGUCUUCUCCUUCAGGGUCUUGUCUAAUGACUAGUGACUGGAUUCAUAGAAAGCCUGGACCUGGGUCUAGCCUUCCUCAGUUACCUCAUGGUUACCCCACCAAUACAGACAGGGCCAAGAUGGGUGGUCACCACGAGAGGUACCUAGCCUAUAACACAGCACACAAUCCCAACAACACCCAAACAAUGGCUAGAGGUCAAGGCGGGAGCUCAAAGACUAACCACCUGACGGUGGUGGCACCUGCUCCUACCUCUGGUGUCAUUGGGUCACAACGUGGGAGGCCGAGCAUUAGAACGGACGCUGAAAAGCCGUAUGCCUGCCCCACGUGUGGGAAGCGCUUCGCUAAGACAAAAUAUAUCAAGCAGCACCAGACCGUUCACACCAAGGAGAGGCCCUUCAAGUGCAAACUAUGUUACAAGAGCUUCUCCUUCCAGAGUAAUCUUAUCAAACAUAGGAGUGUCCACAAUGGGGAGAAAUCGUAGCACUGUGGCUUGAGAUGUACACAGGGGAGAUCUGGGAACAAUUUUUUAGCUGACAUAUUAUAGUCAUCUUGUGAAGUGUCUUAGAGAGAGGUUUUUUUGGAAUACUAAGUCCCUCAGUUGAGAAUCUGGGUACGCUCACAUUCUCACAUGAUACAGACUUGUUGUUUGGUGUGCUGGCACAGUAAAUCCAUUUUGAAUUCACUCACUUUUUGACAGCAUCCGUUAUGAUUUAAACAAAACUUUCCAUACAUGUUUGCCCAUGGAAGAAGUUGUCAGAAAGUGACGCGUGAACUCCAAUGUUGCAGCUUGGACCCUAUUUCACAUUAUCUGAAGUGUGUGUUGUGCCCCGCCAUCAGUUGAGACACAACAUGCUCUUGAAUACAGAGUGGGUGUCAUUUCAAUCAUAGAAAUAUAACUCAUAGAACGGACCUAUUCCUUCAGACCACUGCAAUUUACAUUUUUAUUGAAUUGACAUUUUUACUUCUAAUUACUACCACAACAAUGACCUUCGGUCCACCCACAGUUUAAUGUCAAUUUAAAGGGUCAUGUCUAUUAUAUUAUAUCUUUAUUUCAAUAGGUUGCCUAUGGAGGAUUGGCAGUAUAAUUUGAAACAACAGAUAUUCACAUACAAGUCAACAUUCUUGGAUGUGUGGACCUCCAACCAUCUUUGUGGUACCAUUUUAAAGUUUACAUUUUUGUACAUUUAUCAUCCAAAACAUGACACCCACCCUGUAUUCAAGAGCAGGUUGUGUCUCAACUGAUGGUGGGCACAACCUUAGAUCAUGUCAAAUAGGCUAAGAUACAACAUGUGUGAAUAUGAAAAAAACAUCAUUACAGAUUUAGAUAAUUGACUUUAAAAAAACAAUGUUUUAUUAAUACUUAAUUUAAAAAUAUAUAUAUAAAAUAAAUCUCCAGAAAUCAUAAAAUAGUUUGACAUCCCUGUUUGUAAGCUUUUAAAUAUAAAUCUCAACCGUUUAUCUUUUCCAUUGAUGAAGACAUGGAUGUCUCAUGGUAUGGUGGGGUAUGCAAAAUGGGUCAUCUUUGAGCACCUUUAUCUCCUGAAUGUUUUGGUAUUCAGGUCCAAAAAGUAACUUUCUGAGCACUUAUACCAUGGGUUUUCUUCAAAUCAAAAGGGGUGCCAUCAAAAAGUGGUUGAAUUCAAAUGGAUUUACCCAUAGCCAAAACACUGUCAUUAAAGUGUAACACUAUAUUUCCCCUCUGAAUGUGGUUUUGGCUAUGUUCUAUUCAUAACAAAUAUAAUGUCCCUCUUGUUAUAACACCCCCCCCCCUACAUUAUUUGGCAAUCAGGUGAUACCUGUUCCUUGAUGUAGAAAAAAAAAGAUGAUCAAAUCUGUUAAUAAAUGAGAAAUAAUUUUGUGAGUGGGUUACACUGGUGAAAAAAGAAAGGAAAUGAGAAGUAAAGUUGUAGUGGAAAAUAGGAAACUCUCACUCGUUUUUAGUUGGAGUGAGGGUUUUGGAUGAAUGUAACCUAGGAGAUCCUUUUGAAGUCUCGAUAAAUGUCAUGCGUUGGGUGAAGUGGCGUCAGUAAGGUUCACAAGAAGUGGGCUUAUAUAGAUAUUUUUUUGUGUCAACGGAGCAGAUGAAGCGUGCAUUGGGCCUCAAGAAGAUAUGAGUGGAAUAUUUUGUGUAUGGAUCUUCAAAUCAGAGCACCUAUCAAGGGGGUUAUCUCUGGGGUUGCGCAUAAAGUACGUGCAGAUGUAAUACCAGAGGAAGUAGGUGGCGUGGUUGGUGCCCUUUGACUGACCCGUAUGGUGGAUUGAGUGAAGAAUUUAACUUCAUCCACACUUUUGUUUACAGCCGAGGCAUUGGGGCGGCAGGGUAGCCUAGUGGUUGGAGUAGCAACCGAAAGGUUGAAAGUUCAAAUCCCCAAGCUGACAAGCUGUCGUUCUGCCCCCGAACAGGCAGUUAACCCACCGUUCCUAGGCCGUCAUUGAAAAUAAGAAUUUGUUCUUAAUUGACUUGCCUAGUUAAAUAAAGGUAAAAUAAAAAUUGCAAUAAAUCCAGGU